UCCUCUUCUUCUGCGUUUCCUUCACGGCUCACCCACAACAAACAGAGCGGCUCUUAAGACACCAAAAUGCCCCAGACAGGCGGAUAUUUGUAGAAACGUGAUAGGAUACGGCUACUCGUGCACUAUAAGACACAAUUGAGGCCGAGCCUUCCCCACUGUCGUGAGGUGGAAGUGGUAGCUCGCUGUAACUUGUCGAGCCCGUGAGCCAAACUUCACUGCUCUUGCUAACACAGCCAACUGAACUUGGAGGACCAAGAGAGCUUCCCUGUUGGCUUUUUAAAGACAACAAGAAACCUAGGUAACAGGACUACACCUAUGAUGUAGUCGUUUCACCGUUCCGGCCAACUGUCUAACUACCUUCUGAGGAGGAAUUCGAGAUCGUUCUCUAAUCACAGCGAUGGAUGACGACACGCCGACCCUGAAGCCCAGACGGAUCCAGAAUCAAAACGUGGUUCAUCGUCUUGAGAGGCGCAGGAUCUGUUCGGGCCGACCCGGAGCUCACUGGUACAGAGUACGGUGCUUCCACCAAAAUCUUUUCCCCAACUUCACUGUGGUCAACGUGGAGAAGCCCCCCUGCUUCCUCAGGAAGUUCUCGCCAGAUGGACGCUGUUUUAUUGCCUUCUCUUCUGACCAGACUUCUCUGGAGAUAUAUGAAUAUCAAGGCUGCCAAGCGGCUCAGGACCUGCUGAGAGGCCAAGAGGGAGAGACUCUUGUAACGGCCAAUGACCAGCGUUCCCUCAACAUCAGAGGCCGCCUGUUUGAGCGCUUCUUCUCCUUGCUCCACGUCACCAAUGUGGCCUCGAACGGAGAACACCUCAACCGGGAGUGCAGCCUCUUCACAGACGACUGCCGCUAUGUCAUUGUCGGGUCGGCUGUGUACGUCCCAGAGGAGCCGCCGCCUUACUUCUUUGAGGUGUAUCGCAACAACGAAUCUGUGACUCCCAACCCUCGGUCUCCUCUAGAAGACUACUCCCUCCACAUUAUCGACCUCCACACUGGCAGGCUUUGUGACACCAGGUCCUUCAAGUGUGACAAGAUCAUCCUGUCCCACAACCAGGGCCUCUACCUCUACAGGAACAUCUUGGCUGUGCUGUCGGUCCAGCAGCAGACCAUACAUGUGUUUCAGGUCACUCCAGAAGGAACAUUUCUAGAUGUGAGGACGAUUGGGCGGUUCUGUUAUGAGGACGACCUCCUGACUCUUUCAGCAGUUUACACUGAGGCCCAGGCUGAGAGUCAGCCGGGCUUCCCCCGCCUUUACACUGACAAAACCAUCAACUCCCUCAAACACAGGCUGCUGGUCUACCUCUGGAGGAGGGCUGAGCAGGACGGCAGCGCCACCGCUAAGAGGAGAUUCUUCCAGUUUUUUGAUCAGCUGAGGAGGUUGAGGAUGUGGAAGAUGCAGCUGUUGGAUGAGCACCACCUCUUCAUUAAAUACACCAGCGAAGACGUGGUCACACUCAGAGUCACCGACCCCUCGCAGCCGUCGUUCUUCGUUGUGUACAACAUGGUGUCCACGGAGGUGCUGGCCGUCUUUGAGAACACCUCCGACCAGCUGCUGGAGCUUUUUGAGAAUUUCUGCGACCUGUUCAGAAACGCCACGCUGCACAGCCAAGCCGUCCAGUUCCCCUGCUCCGCUUCAUCCAACAACUAUGCCCGGCAGGUCCAGAGAAGAUUCAAGGACACCAUAGUGAACGCCAAAUACGGCGGGCACACCGAGGCGGUGCGUCGGCUGCUGGGUCAGCUGCCCAUCAGCGCCCAGUCCUACAGCAGCAGUCCUUACCUCGACCUCUCCCUCUUCAGUUAUGAUGACAAGUGGGUGUCAGUAAUGGAGAGGCCCAAGACCUGCGGAGAUCACCCCAUCAGGUUUUACGCGCGGGACUCCGGCCUGCUGAAGUUCAAGAUACAGGCCGGCCUUCUGGGGCGUCCAGUUAAUCAUGCCGUGCGGCGCCUGGUCGCCUUCACAUUCCACCCCUUCGAGCCCUUCGCCAUCUCUGUGCAGCGCACCAACGCCGAGUACGUGGUCAACUUCCACAUGAGGCAUGUCUGCGCGUGAGGAGCUUGUGUUCCUGUGCAAACAAAUGACAGUCACACUUGGAAUCAAAUUGCAGGAGCGGUGGGUUUCUGUUGGCAGCCACUGGUGACAAUACAGCAAAUCAUACCCUCCAUCUGGAGGCACAAUACAGUUGUUCUGUUAGUCGCCCUCUCCUCCUCCUCCUCCAGAGGAAAUCGGCGGUCCUCUCCCUGCAUUCUCCACCUGAUGGAAACCACUGCUCCUCACCUCUUCCCCCCUCCAUCACACAGUGGUCACACCACUUCCGCCACUCCUCCCCCUCCGCGAGAAGGCAGCAAUUCUGCCUUUUUUCUUUUCCACACUGCUUCGCCACCUCGUUCCCCCUUCAUCCACGGAACAAAAAGGGACCUGUAGGGAGGAGAGCCUGGAAUAAGUGUAAAUGGAGAUGUAGAGAGAGUGAUUGAUGUGCGACGGAGGUGGGAAGCCGUAGGUAGCCGGACCUCUUAGAAGGGAACCAAAGGUGUAUUCUUUUUUUUCCUACCGUGCACUGAAAAGCUGCACAUUCAUAUCAGAAUUGCUUUUCCAGUUGGUCCAUGACCAGCUGUGCAACAAACUUUCUUUUUUCUCACAUGGAUUGGGAAAGAGGUAAUUUUAUAUUAUAUUGCUUUUACACGUUUUUACAUAGUACCACUUGUAUAUAUUUUAU